AAGACUGACAACAAAACAACCAAACACGCCCUUAGUAACUCAAAGCUUUCUUACCUUGUAAAGAUCGGACGAGAAUACCAGUGUUAUAUUUUCUUCAAACUUGUCUUCAAAUCCGAGCUUUUCUUACAUAAGUUCUUGUUUAGUCUUCUUCAUUAAACUCCCAAGAGUUCAAUAUUCAGAUACUAAAAUCAAGACUUCUCAACUAUAAUUCAAGAACUACAACGUGGGUGUUUCAUCAAAUUAGGUUUUUUGAUUCGAUAUGGUGGCCAACCAGAAGUCUACUUCAGUUGGUGCCGUAGAGCUAAAGGCAGUGAUUUAUCGGAAAAUUGGGCGUCAGAGAACAGAGGAUUACUUUAAUUUGCUCAAAAGAUAUUUUUCUCUUAAGCUCAAGAAAUAUGAGUUUGAUAAAUCCUGUAUACAGGUAAUUGGAAGGAAUAAUCUUCAUCUUCACAACCAGCUUAUUCAGACUAUCCUAAAGAAUUCUUAUGUUGGUAAAGUUCCUCUAUCGAGGGCUAAAAACGUGGUAGUGGCAGCUUCCCCUACUGUAAAAGUUGCUAAUGGCCUCCCAGUACACAGUAGGGGACUGGCGAAUAGAGAUCGCAAGUUUAAUGACCGUCCAAGUCCCCUUGGCCCACUAGGGAAGAGUCAGCAAAGUGAAACGGAACUCUUGUCUCUUGGUAGCAGACCUCCUAUUGAAGUUGUAUCUGUGGAAGAUGGGGAAGAAGUUGAGCAGGCUGCUGGAAGCCCGUGCAUUCAAAGUAGAAGCCCUGUCACUGCUCCUUUGGGAAUAUCGAUGUACAAGGGCGCACGUAAAGCACUUUGUAGUGGAAAUCAACAGAAGUAUCAUUCUUUGAUCUGUCAGCAGACUCGAGAGCUACCUGACGCUAGAUCUUUAAUGAUUAUUUUGGAGCAGAAGUUGGAGAUGGAGGGCCUUAGGAUUUCUGUAGACUGCGCUAAUGUGUUAAACAAUGGUCUGGAUUGUUACCUGAAAAGAUUGAUAGAACCUUGUAUAGGAUUGGCAGGUUCAAGAUGUAUGAAGGAGCGCCCUCAGCAUAUAACUGGUCAAAGAGUAACUGCUUUAAAUGGAAUGUUACCUGCAAAUGGGAUAUAUUUGUCAAAGCCAUCUGACUCCAUAUGUGCUUCCCUUUCAGAUUUUGGUGUUGUAAUGGAAUCAAACCCUUGCAUACUUGGAGGCGACUGGGCAGUCCUGCGUGAAAAGGUUUGUGCUCAAGCAUUUGAGGAAUAACGUAAUUUAUUCAGCAGCUGUUUGAACCAGAGGAUUGAUAUUCUUCUUCAUUACUACCUGAACUUUAAGUCCGCCAUGAUGCAGUAGCUCGUGCAGUCAGAUAAAAUGCUUUAAAUCCUCUUAGAAUUAUAGAAAUAUGUCAUGAUAUUACAUCACAUGUUAGCAAUUAGAAGUUAUUGGGAUGUGAGUCUGUUCAUAAGGUCUAUUAUAUUAAUUACCUUUUUUACCUAGAGACUCACUCUCAAGAACUCUAUCCUCAUUGAUAGAAUGGAUUUGUUAUCUCUUGUGCACCAGAUAUUGCUAUAGAAGAACCCUCAUCUUGUUCCUGA